UCUACUGGUUCUUGCAGGUACAUGAGCAUAUACACUUCUAAUGGAGUGUCUCUACAUCAGUUAUCCCUUGAACUAUCCAAAAAUGGUAAAUCGUCUUCAGAUGAAAAUGAUGAUCUCUGUUCUAUUUGUGAAGAUGGAGGGGAUCUGUUAUGCUGUGACAAAUGUCCCCGUGCUUUUCACACUGUGUGUGUUGGCCUGUCAAGCCUCCCAGAAGGAACUUGGUAUUGCAAAUAUUGCAAGAACAUGUUUGAAAGAGAAAAAUUCGAUGAGAGGAAUGCCAAUGCCAUUGCAGCUGGCAGAGUGCCUGGAGCAGACCCUCUUGCAGAAAUAACUCAACGGUGCAUUCGCAUAGUGCCAUCUUUCGGAAAAGAUGUAGGUGGAUGCGCCAUAUGC